GACCCAAAGAACCACUUGACGAAUCCCUUUGUGGAUGUAAUUUGUGUGUUUGGAAGUGGACACCCAAAGCACCAACGAGUGGAAGAGAAAGAGCCUUGCAGUUGGAUAGAGCAAAGGAGAGAAAGCAUGUCUAAUGCCGUCGUCAAUGGACUUGCCGGAGCUGGUGGAGGCAUCAUUGCUCAGAUCAUCACUUACCCACUCCAAACUGUUAACACUCGCCAGCAAACUGACAGGUUUGCCAAGAAAGGUCUCCUCCUCGCUCAUUCUAAUUCUAAUUCCCAAGCCCAUUCUCCCUCUCAUGGUGGUGGCACUCUAAUGCAAAUUCUUAAGGUUAUAAGAACAGAAGGUUUGGGUGGAUUGUACAGUGGACUCAAACCUUCUCUGUUUGGCACUGCUGCUUCUCAGGGCAUCUAUUACUAUUUCUACCAAGUCUUCAAGAACAAGGCCGAGGUUCUUGCGAUUGCUCGGAAAAAGAAAGGACUUGGUGAUGGUACUGUUGGUAUGUUCUCUUGGCUUCUCGUGGCAGCCAUUGCUGGUUCAUUGAAUGUCUUGUUUACGAAUCCUAUUUGGGUUCUUGUGACUCGUAUGCAGACCCAUACCCAAGCAGAGAUGAAGAUCAUGGAAGCCAAAAGGGAAGCAAUUCUGAGGGAAGCUUCUGCAACUGCUCCAUCCAUGGAUGUUUCUACCUUGCAAGACAAGUUAAGAAAACUAGAUUCGAACAAACCUAGUCCAUAUGGAACUGCCCAAGCGAUGAGAGAAGUUUAUUCUGAAGCAGGGAUUAAAGGGUUCUGGAAAGGUUUGAUUCCUACACUAGUCAUGGUAUGUAAUCCAUCUAUCCAGUUCAUGAUUUAUGAAAGCUUGUUAAAGCAUUUGAAGGCAAAAAGGGCGGCAACAAAGCAAGGUUCAAAAGGGGUUUCUGCUUUAGAGGUGUUCUUGGCUGGGGCUUUGGCUAAACUGGGAGCAACUUUGGUAACAUAUCCAUUGUUGGUUGUGAAGUCAAGACUUCAAGCAAAGCAGGAGAUUGGUGGAGGUAAUGUUUCAUUACAAUAUACAGGUACAGUGGAUGCCAUUUUUAAGAUGAUCCGUUAUGAAGGAUUACCUUGUUUUUACAAAGGGAUGAGCACAAAGAUAGUGCAGAGUGUUUUGGCUGCUUCAGUCCUCUUCAUGGUCAAGGAGGAGCUAGUGAAAGCGGCUGUCAUCCUAGUAGAUAAGACCCCAAAAGCCAUUCUCAAAUCCCAAUAGUUAUUGAUUAUACAUGAAAUGGCUGUUGCUGCAUUUACUCUCUGCUAAUAAUCUGCAGUUGGGCGGAUUUGGAUAAGCUUCUCCUGUGCCAAGUCUGGGUGAUUUGCAGAAUCCAGAAUGGGUGGGAGGCAGAUGGGUCUAGACUCUGGAGCUCACAUUUAAUUGAAUGGGCCUUUUUUAGUCCAAAGUUUCAAUGCUUGUUUGCUUAGGCAAGCAUUUGCAACCAAAAUGGGGUUGGUAUAAUUUGUGUGAGGAGUUCAAUUCAAUGGGAAGCCACUGCAUAUGAAAAAAGAGAAAAAAUCAAAGAUCAAUUCCAGGGCAUGUAUUUCCACUCAGAAAGAGAAUAAACCAGAAGGGGAAAAUAAUUACAGUGCAUGUAUUUUCACUUGCACAGUUUCCACUGUCAGAUCUUUGUACAAUUUUCCUCAAAAUAAGUUCAAAACCCAUGAUCCCACCUAA